AUGCAGUUCUUCGUCAUUGCCUUCGCCGCCCUGGCCGCUGCCAGCCCAAUGGUCGCAGAGCGCGCUGCUGACCCAGCUGCCGUUGCCACCACCCCAACCUACGACAAUGGAGGACACGACGGCGGCAACGGAGGACAUGACGGCGGCAACGGCGGCGGCAACGGCGGCGGCAACACCGGAGGCAAGAAACAGUUCAAGUGCCCCGGUCUUUUGCAGACUCCCCAGUGCUGCCAAACCGAUAUCCUCGACUUGGCCAGCCUCACCUGCGAGCCUCUCCGCGCCGACGUCUCCUCUCGCGACACCUUCAAGGCCGAGUGUGCCAAGACUGGUGCUACCGCCAACUGCUGUCUCCUCCCAGUCCUCGGCCAGGCUCUCGUCUGCCAGAACGUCUAA